CUGCACCUCCCCCGCCCCAAUCUAUCCUCCCGAACAACUAUCCCGCCCGCUGAACCCGCCCGCCGACGACAAUGGCCCAGAGACGCACGAAGCAGACCAAGGUGACGGUGGACAGGCUUGAGGACACGCCAAAGUUUGACCAUAACAACCGGUGCAUGGCUUGCGGGACGCAUUGCAAGUCACGGCGGAGCCAGCUGGCCCAUGCUAUUGGUCAACAUCUCAGUGACGCCACGCCGGAGAACAGGGCGCUCAAAUGGCCGUUCAUAUGCGCGUACUGUGGCAAAGGGUUUCCCCAGGACGCCACCUUGCGAUGCCACAUAAACGCCAAGCACACCGGCAAGAAGCCCUACCACUGCGAGUUUCCACCCUGUACCGAGGCCGCUGCGUACCAGUCUAGCAUGUACCGCCACAUGGAGGCGAAACAUAACUGGCUGCCGAAGAACCCGAGGAAGGAGCGUGUGGGCAAUGCGAAGAACCGCAAGCCUGAAGACGCCCAGGAGAACGCCAACGGUCAAGACAGCGCAUCUCGAGAGGCCGAGGAAGCCGAUGCGGGCCGCGCAGGCCCAACUCGCACGGCGCGGCCGACGCGCAGGGCAGCGCCGUACUUUAAGCCGGCGUCACAGAAGGCCGCGCACAAUGUACUCAACAAGCCGGCACCUAUCGUGCCAAACAUUCCACUACCCACGAAGACAGCCUCGUUCGCCGGAGUCCAGGAGACCCCGCGCCUCAUCCACCUCACCCACGGCGCGCAGCCCGUCCAACAGAAGGAUUUCUACUACGAGACGCAUCCGUCUCAAUAUCGGGGCUACUACACUAACCCGUACCAGCAAGGCUACUACGACAACGCCGCCGCGACAGCGUCCUACUUACCUGCGCCGUCUGAGUACGUGCCCGCUCCUGCCCACAACCCGCCUGCGCCUACCUACAACUCGACGGCGCCUGUCUGCAACCAGCCAAUGCCUAUCUACCCGCCCGGCGCGUACGGCGCGGGCUACAACAACCACGACGCUGCGUAUAAUGGUAUCCACCCCUCCAACACGAACCACGCGUCCUCGUCGGGCUCGAACUACGCCUCCGCCUCGUCGAGCUCGUUCUACUCGACGACGUCAUCCGACUCGUUCCACACAUCGUCGCCGUCGAACUCGUUCUACACCACAUCUUCGACCGCCCCACAGCUCUCGGCGUCGGACAUCAAGUUCGCCGGCUUUUCUUUCUCUUCUACAAACACUGCACACACCGUGCUCUAUCCUGCCACGAGCGACUCGUCCUACGCGGCGCAGGUCAACGGAUCGUCUCCGCAUCAGGCCAAUGUGUUGUCUCCGCUGGACGUAAGCGUGCCGUCUGCGCUCGACGCAAGUGUAUGGUCUGCGCUCGAUAACACGCCUCUAUCCUCGCAAGAGUCUCUCCUGCCCGUCUCGCAGGACUCCUUUAUGGACCUCUCGGAGCACUUCCUCGACUUCUCGCAAGGCUCCUUCAUGGACCCCUCGCAGCACUUCCUCUUUGACUUCUCCCAGAAUGCACUCCUCGACCUCACCUUGGCCAACGCCGGCGCACCGUGCAACGCCGCCGCCGAGUCGGACGCCCCGGAUAACUCCUCCCCCGAACCUGCCGCACCCUGCAGCCCGUACGCUCAGGUCUUCGACGAGUUCAUCAAUGCGGAUGCGCUGUCAUAGAGCGCCGCUCGUCUAGCAUCCCGAGGACUCGUUUCUUACUUACCAACUGUCUCGUACUCAUCUGAUCGCAUCCCUCGAACUCGUCGACUGUAUUCCUCCUACCCAUCUGGACCUCAUACUUAUCUGCAUCCCUCAUACUCAUCCACUGUAGCCCUCAUACUCAUCCUCUGUAUCCCUCACACCGCCAUCUGCAUCCCAUACUCACUGACACGACCUGCUUCUUCACACUUACUCUACCCUUAUUCUUGACCGUCUAUAUCGAAUAAUGCCUGUAAGGCACCUUGGUUACCUAGUUCUGUAUCAGUUUCCUUAUCUUCUGGCUUGGAUCUCGGAAUGACAUAUUGAUGACCUGCUGGG